UAAGGCAGAGGGGCUGCGGGCGCCUGCAGAUGUGUUCUGCCCGCUCCAGGACCGUGGCAAGGGGUGGAGAAGCAGGCCAUGACCCCCCGAGGGCUCUUGUUACUGCUGCUGGCCCUGCUGCUGGGUACCCGGCCCGGCACCUCCGCACGGUGUCCCGACUGUGCGCAGGGGGCGCCGGGGGGCUGCCCCGGGGGCUGCCUGGAGGAAGUGGAGGAAGGGGCAGUUGUGGCACAGCCAGAAGGAUGCGCCGAGGCUGGGGGCUGCGUCAGGCGGGAGGGAGAAGCGUGCGGGGUCUACACCCCUAACUGUGGCCCAGGGCUGCAAUGCCAUCCCCCAGAAGAAGAUGAGACGCCACUCAGAGCACUGCUGCUUGGCCGGGGUCGCUGCCGAAGGUCCCGGGGACCAUCGGGGGAGAAUCCCAAGGGAGCCAAGCCCAGCCCGGGGGGCCCCCAACAGCAGGAUGUGCACCCUGGAGGUCGAGAGAAGAACUUGGGCACCCCUUCCACUCCUUCCCGACCCGGUCCUGGGGGUGGACAAGACAGUGAGAUGGGCCCAUGCCGCCGCCACCUGGACACAGUUUUACAGCAGCUCCAGGCUGAGGUCUACCGAGGGGCCCGGACUCUCUAUGUGCCCAACUGUGACAACAAAGGGUUCUACAGGAAGCGGCAGUGUCGGUCAUCCCAAGGACUUCGUAGGGGACCUUGCUGGUGUGUUACCCGGAUGGGACAACCCCUGACUGGCCCCUCGGAAUCAGAUGCAAACUCCCUUUGUCUUCCAGACCCCAGUGGUUGAAGCAGAGGCAGGGAAGAACAGCUGGGGCCACUGAUGGAGCUGGUCUGGGUGGGUGAGGGGGUGUCAUCAUGGGCUAUUUAUUGAGGGAUGAAGAAUUCAAGGAAGAAGAGCCCUAUGUUCCUCCUCCCCUUUCCCCCAACAUCUCCAUCUCCCCCUGGCCUUUCCGCAAGCUGGGGCUAUGUGUGUGUCAGUGAUUCAACUCCAAGACAGUUGGGAAGACGGCUCGUGCUGGGUUGGGUUGUUAAUAAAGCCGAGUUGGGGUC